UCGGAGCUAAAACCCGCCAUCGUCACCUGUCUCAGAAGUGAGAACUAUACUUUAGUUUCUUGUUGAUAAAGAAAAUCAAUGGCGCCCAACAAGCGGUUCAAGAACCACAAGCCCCAUAACCAUCGUGGCGAAUCUAGUCGAACCCGUACCCAUCUUCCACAUGACAGCGACUCCCUACCAUCUGAACAAGCUACUGAAGAGGAGCCAAUACGUCCCAAAAUCCAGCUGGCCAUGUGGGAUUUUGGCCAAUGCGAUGCAAAAAGGUGCACGGGACGCAAGCUCUCAAGAUUUGGAUUUUUGAAAGAGUUGCGGGUGAACCAUGGUUUUGGAGGCAUUGUAUUGAGUCCAGUGGGGACGGAUUGUGUCUCAAGAGAAGAUUAUAGCUUAAUCCAGCGAAAAGGUUUAGCUGUUGUGGAUUGCUCUUGGGCACGCUUGGGUGAUGUACCCUUUGUGAAGCUGCGUUGCACUGCUCCUCGCCUCUUGCCUUGGCUUGUAGCAGCAAAUCCAGUAAAUUAUGGUCGACCAUGUGAACUAUCCUGCGUGGAGGCCUUAUCUGCAGCUUUAUUCAUAUGUGGGGAAGAGGAAACUGCAAAUUUGUUGCUCGGAAAGUUCAAAUGGGGUCAUGCUUUCCUAUCCCUCAACAGGGAACUUCUAAAGGCAUACUCUAAUUGUGAAAACAGUGCUGAGAUUAUUUCAUUCCAAAAUGCCUGGCUUGCACAGGAAAGACAAGUUCCAAAGGUUCCUACAGAAGUAGAAGGAGGAGAGAGGUCAGCUCGCAGUGAUGAUGAGGGUUCUUAUGAUUCUGACGAUGGGCUUCCGCCACUUGAAAAGAAUAUGAAUCAUUUAGACUUAGAGGAUAGUGAUGAAGAAAGUGAGUAGAGAAAGAUCAAUAUUUUGUUUCCUUGGUGUCUUAAAUAUGUUAAAAUGACCCGAGAGAUGAUGUCUUCUGGUUGAUGCCUAUCACCCAUAGGAUUCAGGCUUCUGAUGUGUUGUUGUCAGAUGGGUUAAGGUGUUCUUUGUAUCAUUCCCAGAGGAACUAUUGUUCGUGCUUUUAGGAGCAUUAUGUAAUGCAAAAGUUUUGUUUA